UGAAAGCGAAGAAGAUACACACAGAUCACAGAUGCUCCUCGUCCGAUAGAAGUGUCGUCUCAACUCUUGCUUCGAUCCUUGGAUUCCUCUCCCUGUCUCUCUCUCUCCCCACCUCUUCUCAAUAUCUUAUACAUCCCUCCCCCUCCUCCUGCAUUCUCAAUCUCGCCAUGCCUUCUCCUUCCUUCCUCUCUCUCCUCUCUCUCCUCCUUCUCUCCUCCUUCUUCUUCCCACCUACCAAUGCCACCGCCCCUCGUCGCUUCAAACAAGCCCCUCGAUUCUACAACUCUCCUACAUGCCCCACCUCCGACGACGAUGACGCAGCCGUCCACGUCGCUAUGACCCUCGACCUCUCCUACCUUCGUGGUUCAAUGGCCGCCAUCUUCUCCAUACUCCAACAUUCCUCCUGUCCCGACAACAUCGUCUUCCACUUCGUCACCGCCGCCUCCAAACCUUCCUCCUCCUCCAUCCUCAACCGCACUCUCUCCACUUCCUUCCCUUACCUCCGCUUCCAGAUCUAUCCCUUCGACGAUACCUCCGUCUCCGGCCUCAUCUCCUCCUCCAUACGCUCCGCACUGGACUGCCCUCUCAACUACGCACGUAACUACCUCGCCAACCUCCUCCCGCCGUCCGUGCGCAAAGUCGUCUAUCUAGACUCCGACUUAGUCCUCGUGGACGACAUCGCCCAGCUCGCCGCAACACCACUCGGCCCCGAUUCGGUUCUGGCCGCGCCGGAAUACUGCAACGCCAAUUUCACAUACUACUUCACGCCGUCGUUUUGGUCGAACCCGUCGCUGUCGCUCACGUUUGAGGGUCGGAGGGCAUGUUAUUUUAACACCGGCGUGAUGGUGAUCGAUUUGGAGCGAUGGCGCGUGGGAGAUUAUACGAGGAAGAUAGAGGAGUGGAUGGAGCUGCAGAAGAGAAUGCGGAUUUACGAGCUGGGAUCGUUGCCUCCGUUCUUGCUGGUGUUCGCGGGAAAUAUAGCUCCAGUGGAUCACAGGUGGAACCAGCAUGGGCUCGGCGGAGACAACUUCCGAGGGCUGUGUCGGGAGCUUCAUCCUGGCCCGGCGAGCCUCUUGCAUUGGAGCGGGAAGGGAAAGCCCUGGGCACGACUGGACGCGAACAGGCCUUGCCCAUUGGAUGCGUUAUGGGCUCCUUAUGAUCUUCUCGACACGCCUUUCGCCUUGGAGGCCUAGUCCUCCACCCAUCUUCCUCCUUGUUUGUCAAUUUUGUUUUCCAUAAAUUCAAAAUUCAAAUACCUUUCUUGAAUCAGAGAUGGCGCCACAGUCACUCGGGCUUUUUAUGCAUCACGGUGAGAUGCUUAUGAUUAUCAUUAUUUUUGUUAACGUUGUACAGUCACCUACAUAUUCUGCUAGUGUUUUUUUUUUUUUUGGGAGCUAGUUAAGUGUAUGACUCUUAUAGAUGGAAUAAAUCAUGCACACGAACUCAUCACUUAUUUUUGUAGUUCA